ACUGCUCCUACCACCACUAGACCACCACCAAGUGACGUGCGAGCUUCACACACUUUUGGAGCUGUCCAACUCCACGACAAGCUCAAAGCACCACACCCCAUCACCAUGCGCCUUACGACGCUGCUUCUCGCAGCUACGUCGCUCGUCGGCGCGGUGUUUGUCGACGAGGUUGGCGACAUCGAUUACCACCACGAGCUCAUCGGCGUCCCUCAGGUCGAGACCACCCUAUUCCACAAGCCCCGGCGCGACGAUAAGGCUUCGUUACUCUACACCCUCAGCGAUGUCGGGGUGCUCGGAGCCGUCAAUCCCAGCAACGGCGCGGUCGUCUGGCGUCAAUUCCUGACGGGCAACAUCACGAAUGGAGGUGGACACUUGCGAGCGGCUGAGGACGAGGAUUGGGUUGUGUCUGCGUACGGAAGCUCAGUACAUGCCUGGAACGCCUUGUCCGGCAGGAACGCCUGGUGGAUCGACUUCGUGGGUACAAUCAAGGAUUUGGAAGUCAUGGAGAUGACAGAAAACGGACGCAAGGAUGUGCUGGCGCUUUUCGAAGAGGAGGAUGGCUCUACCGUCCUGAGAAGACUCAACGGAGCUGACGGAACUGUUGUUUGGGAGAACAAGGAUGUGUCUAAAACCAUCCCGCUCCAGGUAUCCAACAACAUCGAGAAGAUCUUUGUUGUCAGCCUUUACGGAAACGACGGUAUGUGGGCUGUGAGAGUCUCCGUCCAUGACACCCUCACUGGAAAGCGCAUCGACGAUAUAAGCCUCGGCAGCAAAGGCGACGUGACAGAUAAAAGAGACGUCAUGUUCGUUGGCGCCAACUCUGCGUCUCCCAUCGUCGCCUGGCUCGAUAGCGAUCACACGAAGCUCAAGGUCAAUGUUCUGGGCACCAAGUCGAAGCAGGAGUUUGCCCUCCCGUUUCCCAGGACUCUUGAUGUAGCUAUCCAUGCCCCGCAUCACCUCAACGCAGAGCCGCAUUUCUUGGUGCACAGCAGAUCCUCUGACAGCCACAAGGGCGAGGUCUACCACGUCAAUAUCAAGACCAAUGCCGUAACCAAGCACCACGAGCUGCCUGUGCUUCCUGGACUGGGCGCUUUCUCGACUAGCUCCGAAGGCGCCAACGUGUGGUUCACGCGCAUCACCGAAGAGGAGGUUAUCCUUACCUCGUCAAGCUCGCAUGCCAUCCUCGGAAAAUGGGCCUUUAAGGAAGGCAAUGAGAGAUUCGCGGCUCUCCACGCCGUAUCCGAGGUUAUCAAGAAGGCUGCGGACAACUUUGCUGUCCGCUGCGCAGCUGUUACUACUCUGGAUGACUGGGUUUUGGUCCGCAACGGUGAAGAGGCCUGGGUUCGCCCCGAAGGUCUUACCGGAGGUGUCGCCGCCGCCUUCGCAGAGAUCCCCGAAAGCGAGGACCUCGCCAAGACCCUUGAAGCCGAGGCACACGACAACGUCCUGUCUGCUUACAUCCACCGUGUCCAACGCCACUUCGAUGACCUCGCCUAUCUGCCCGACUAUCUCGCCUCCAUCCCCCAGCGUCUGGUUAGCAGCAUCACCGGAGCUGAGAUUACCUCAAGGACAGAGGGUCUUUCUCGCGAUGCCUUCGGCUUCAACAAGAUCGUGGUUCUGGUGACCAGACGCGGCAAGCUUUUCGGUAUUGAUAUCGGCAAGCAUGGCAAAGUCAUCUGGAAACUUCACGCUGUCGAUAUUGCCCCCUGGAACACCUGGGAUAUCAAGGGCAUCUUUGUUGAGGAUGCCAAGUCCACCGUCACUGUUCGAGGCCACUUUGGCGAUUACGUUAUAGCCAAGACAGACACCGGAAAGAUGGUUGACUCUAUGCCUGAAGGCUCCUGGGUGCAAACUCAAGCUGCCGUCAUUGUCGAUAGCCCUUCAGGACCAUGGCUCGCCCCCGUUGGAGUUGGAGGUGCCAUCGGCGACGUCCCUGCUGCAUGGAUACCCACACAAACUGUCGUCGUUCGUGGCUUGAAGGGCGAGCUGAAGGGCCUGACCUACAUUGACGAGGAAGGCACAGGCAAGGAACAGGUUGCUUGGGAGUUCUCUGCGCCAAAGGGCUUCGACAUUGUCAACAUCGCAACUCGCCCCGUCCACGAUCCCAUUGCUUCCAUCGGACGUGUUCUUGGCGACAGACGCGUCAAGUAUAAGUACCUGAACCCCAACACGAUUGUCGUUUCUGCCUACAGCAACGCCCAGUCUUCUCUCAACGUAUACCUGAUUGACUCGGUCUCGGGCGCUGUCCUCCACUCCACUACCCAUGAGGGAGUUGAUGGCAACAAGAACAUCGAAUGCACACUCGCUGAGAACUGGUUCGCCUGCUCGUUCUUCGGGCAGUAUUCUCUGAAGGAUGAUGCCGGCCAGCCUCUCUCUGGACAAACCCUGAAGGGCAACCAGAUCGUGGUCUCCGACUUGUACGAGAGCGAGUACGCCGAUGACCGAGGCCCGCUUGGUGAUGCUGCCAACUUCUCCUCUACCGAGCCUGUCGAUACCCCGACCGGCGUACCCCUUCCCUCAGUGAUCAGCCAAGCUUGGAUCUUGUCUGCCCCUUUGGCCGCUCUUGCCGUCACGCAGACCCGCCAGGGCAUCACCAGCCGACACGUCCUAGGCUACCUGCCUGAGUCUCACGCCAUUGUCAGUCUUCCCCGCCAGCUCCUUGAGCCGAGACGUCCAGUCGGACGCGACCCGACACCCGCGGAGAUGGAGGCCGAGGGCCUGAUCAGGUACCACCCCGCCAUUGAGAUCGACCCCAGACAAGUCAUUACCCACCAGCGCGACAUCAUUGGCGUGCAGAAGAUCAUUACCUCGCCCACCGUCGUGGAGAGCACCAGCUUGGUCUUCUCCUACGGCGUCGACAUCUUUGGAAGCCGUGUCGCGCCUAGCUUUGCAUUUGAUAUCCUCGGCAAGGGCUUCAACAAGAUUAGCCUGAUUUCGACUGUUCUUGCGCUCACUGUUGGUGUCACUGUGUUGGGACCCAUUGUUCGCAAGAAGCAGACCAACUUGCGUUGGGCGUAG